AUGGCGGGCGCCGGAAAACAGAAACCUACGGAGGCGAAAGAAUCCGCCGGAGCUUCACUGGAAAGCCUCAUGUCUUCCUUCAACGCUCGCAUUGCCGAGCUACAGCAACUCGUCAUCGCUCGUAACAUGUAUCCGGCUAGUAGCAUUUGCGAAUUGUCAUCAAUUGAUGCGGCACUGCAGGGCAUGGAGCUUCAGGUUUACAAAAUCAAAGAUCGGUUGCGUGAAGAAAUUCAAGCCAUCCCCAAAGCCAAAAAGCUGAUAGACGAGUCAUUGAAGCAACAGAAGAGACUAAAUGAGAUGGCUGCUUUUGUUCCGCAAUCUUUACCUGAGAAGGCGACUAGCAUGAGCCAGAGUUUCACAAAAAGUGUGCCUCUGGAACAAAGUGAAGAUGAUUUAAAUUUUGAGUCAUUGACGAUUGGGGAACCUGCUGGAUCCAAAGUAAUAAAGAAGAGCCGUGCCACUGCACCACUUUGGUAUAUUACUGCAGACGAACUUAAUUCCUUGCCACAGUAUAUGAAAGGAAGGCUGACACUGGACAAGGUUAAUGCAGCUAUUAGUGAUAUGGCAACUUAUGCCGAUACCAAUGCCCAACUCAUUGCAGCUCCACGAAAGAAGCUGAAUGAGACUACAUUGGAAAAGGCACUGGAACUCAGAGAGAUUGCAAUGUCUGAGUCAGUGAAAGGAAAGCAUUUCUUCCUUGAAAGUGACAUGAAGGGGCCUACUCUGAAGUUCGACACCACAGGAAAGGGAAUAUUGACUGUACUUAGACAUAUUGGACGCAUAACUGAGGACCGAAUUGGGCGUCACCGUGUCAUAAUUCUUCUGAGGCCUGCUUGA